CAAGUCUCGUAGCGCGACGAAAAUUGUUUAGCAAAUGAUUUUGUGAGGCAGUAAGCGGAGUAUUAUUUAACAAAAAAAAUAACCAUUGCAAGUGGUUCCGUGAUUUGGUUCGUUUGUUAAUUUUGUUUAAUCAGGUGAAAUGAAUGAAACUAAUGAGUUGCCACCGGGGACAGCAUCGCUACUUGAGGAACUUGAAAAAAAACUUAUGGUUUUAUUGAGAGAUGGCAGAACGUUAAUUGGCUAUCUUAAAAGUGUCGAUCAAUUUGCUAACAUAGUACUUCAAAGUACCAUUGAAAGAAUUCAUGUUGGUCAAGAGUAUGGUGACAUUCCGAGAGGUAUUUUCAUAGUAAGAGGGGAGAAUGUUGUGCUUUUAGGAGAAAUAGAUAUAGAGAAGGAAAAAGUGUUGCCAUUGAAAAAGGUGACGGUGGAUGAAAUUUUGGAUGCUCAGAGGCGCGAACAAGAAUCUAAGCAGGAGCAGAAAAAGCGAAUAAACAAAGCUCUGAAAGAACGAGGUUUUGCAUAUAUACCAGAUUUAAGUCACGACGAUAUGUACUGAUGCACAAAUGUACAUAUUCUUUUGUAUCACAAAAAUUUAUCUAAUUAAUUUACGUUGAUUAAAUAUAA